AGCCUGUGGAGGUUGCGGGGGAUUCGAGAAGGCGAGGCAGGCAGGCAGUGGUGGGAAGGAAAAAGGAAGGAGCUUCCUGCCCAGGCUCACUCUCCCAAGAGCAGAGAAGUUGGAAGCUGAGCGGGGUGGGGAGGAGCGUUGGUAGCGGUAGAAGUGUACGCUCCUCCGCUCGCCCUCUAGCGCGGGCGGGCAGGACGCGCGCGCUAGGGAGCGGCGGUUGCACUGGGCCCCCAGAGCUGUGGGCACCAAUCAACGGUUGCCAUAGCAGCGUUUGACGUCAUCGUGCGUGUGGUGCCCCUGCUGUCGGGGCUGGUGAUUGGAGGAAACCCCGUGUCUGCGGAGCCGCUGUAGCCUGUGAGCAGCGAGAUCCACGGACAGAGUCUCAGCCUCGCCGCUGCCGCCCAGAGACUGCUGAGCCCCCGUCCGUCCGCCGCCACCCACUCCGGACACAGAACAUCCAGUCAUGGAUAAAAAUGAGCUGGUGCAGAAGGCCAAACUGGCCGAGCAGGCUGAGCGAUAUGAUGACAUGGCAGCCUGCAUGAAGUCUGUAACUGAGCAAGGAGCUGAAUUAUCCAAUGAGGAGAGGAAUCUUCUCUCAGUUGCUUAUAAAAAUGUUGUAGGAGCCCGUAGGUCAUCUUGGAGGGUCGUCUCAAGUAUUGAGCAAAAGACGGAAGGUGCUGAGAAAAAACAGCAGAUGGCUCGAGAAUACAGAGAGAAAAUUGAGACCGAGCUAAGAGAUAUCUGCAAUGAUGUACUGUCUCUUUUGGAAAAGUUUUUGAUCCCCAAUGCUUCACAAGCAGAGAGCAAAGUCUUCUAUUUGAAAAUGAAAGGAGACUACUACCGUUACUUGGCCGAGGUUGCUGCUGGUGAUGACAAGAAAGGGAUUGUGGAUCAGUCACAACAAGCAUACCAAGAAGCUUUUGAAAUCAGCAAAAAGGAAAUGCAACCAACACAUCCUAUUAGAUUGGGUCUGGCCCUUAACUUCUCUGUGUUCUAUUACGAAAUUCUGAAUUCCCCGGAGAAAGCUUGCUCUCUUGCAAAGACAGCUUUUGAUGAAGCCAUUGCUGAACUUGAUACAUUAAGUGAAGAGUCCUACAAAGACAGCACGCUAAUAAUGCAAUUACUGAGAGACAACUUGACAUUGUGGACAUCGGACACCCAAGGAGACGAAGCUGAAGCAGGAGAAGGAGGGGAAAAUUAACCGGCCUUCCAACUUUUGUCUGCCUCAUUCUAAAAUUUACAUAGUAGACCAUUUGUCAUCCAUGCUGUCCCACAAAUAGUUUUUUGUUUACGAUUUAUGACAGGUUUAUGUUACUUCUAUUUGAAUUUCUAUAUUUCCCAUGUGGUUUUUAUGUUGAAUAUUAGGGGAGUAGAGCCAGUUAACAUUUAGGGAGUUAUCUGUUUUCAUCUUGAGGUGGCCAAUAUGGGGAUGUGGAAUUUUUAUACUAGUUAUAAAUGUUUGGCAUAGUACUUUUGGUACAUUGUGGCUUCACAAGGGCCAGUGUUAAAACUGCUUCCAUGUCUAAGCAAAGAAAACUGCCUACAUAUUGGUUUGUCCUGGUGGGGAAUAAAAGGGAUAAUUGGUUCCAGAUACAGGUGUAGUUUUUGUGGGUACUUUAAGGUUUGGAGCACUUAUAAGGCUGUAGUAGAAAUGGGUAUUCUGUAGUUAUUACAUAUUGAACCAUGAGUAUCUGUGGAAUACUCUCAAUGUGCACACCUUUGACUACAGUUGCAGAAGUGUUCCUUUAAUUGUGACCCAAUUUACUCUGGAUAAGGGCAGAAACGGUUCACAUUCCAUUAUUUGUAAAGUUACCUGCUGUUUGCUUUCAUUAUUUUUGCUACACUCCUUUUAUUUGUAUUUAAAUGUUUUAGGCAACCUAAGAACAAAUGUACAAGUAAAGACGCAGUAAAAAUGAAUUGCUUGAUAUCCAUUACUUUAUGUAUAUCAAGUACAGCAGCAAAAUAAAAAUCCCAUGUAUUUAACUUUUUUUAGGGUUUUUUUGUUUUGUUUUGUUUUUUGUUUUGGG